GACGGCGGCGGCUGGUGCCCAGGCGGGACUGGCGGCUACCAGCUCGCUAUCCCGCGAGGCGCGAGGGCCGUAUCGGGGGAUGGACGAAGAGAAGAUGGACGAGAAUGAAUGGGGAUACCACGGCGAAGGCAACAAGAGCCUGGUGGUGGCCCACGCACAGCGUUGUGUGGUGCUACGUUUUCUGAAGUUUCCUCCAAAUAGGAAGAAGACCUCAGAAGAAACAUUUCAGCACCUGCAGAACAUAGUGGACUUUGGCAAAAAUGUCAUGAAAGAGUUUUUGGGGGAGGACUAUGUUCAUUGUGGGGAAGUUGUUCAACUGCCUUUAGAUUUUGUGAAACAGCUUUGUUUAAAGAUUCAGUCUGAACGACCAGAGUCGCGCUGUGACAAGGACCUGGACACCCUUAGUGGCUAUGCCCUGUGCCUUCCCAAUUUAGCCAGACUUCAGACCUACUGCUUUGCAGAGCACCGGCCGAUUCUGUGUGUGGAGAUCAAGCCAAAAUGUGGGUUUAUUCCAUUCUCCACUGAUGUUACACAUGAGAUGAAGCAUAAAGUGUGUCGUUACUGCAUGCACCAGCACCUUAAGGUAGCAAAUGGGAAGUGGAAGCAGAUCAGUAAAUACUGUCCCCUUGACCUCUACUCAGGAAAUAAACAGCGAAUGCACUUUGCCUUGAAAAGCUUGUUACAAGAGGCUCAGAACAACUUAAAGAUAUUUAAGAACGGUGAGCUGAUUUAUGGCUGCAGAGACUCCCGAAGCCCGUCGGCUGACUGGAGUGAGCUGGCACACCACUUGAAGCCCUUUUUCUUCCCAUCCAAUGGCCUGGCAGGCGGGCCCCACUGCACAAGAGCUGUGAUCCGGGAGCUGGUCCGUGUUAUCACACGGGUGCUGCUGAGUGGCUCUGACAAGGGCCGGCUGGGUGCCCUGAGGCUGGGGCCGGGGCCUCGGGGCCCACUUGUCUGUGAAGCCAGCCCUUUCGGCAGGAGCCUGCACCGCCAAGGAAAACCCUCCCUGGAGCAGUCGGGGUUACCGAAGGGCUGUCUUCUGUACAAAACCCUCCAGGUGCAGAUGUUGGACCUGCUGGACAUUGAAGGCCUCUACCCUCUGUACAGGCGGGUAGAACGGUACUUGGAGGAGUUUCCUGAGGAAAGAAAAACGUUGCAAAUAGAUGGGCCUUAUGAUGAAACAUUUUACCAGAAGCUGCUUGAUCUUUCCACUGAGGAUGACGGGACACUAGCCUUUGCACUGACAAAAGUUCAGCAGUACCGGGUGGCCAUGACUGCGAAGGACUGCUCCAUCAUGAUCGCGCUGUCCCCUUGUCUGCAGGAUGCAAGCCCUGAUCAGAUACCCGUCGUCCCUUCGUCGAGAUCCCGGUUGGCCUUCUCUGUGUCUGUGCUGGACCUUGACCUCAAGCCCUAUGAGAGCAUUCCUCAUCAGUAUGUGCUGGAUGGCAAGAUAGUCAACUACUACUCAAAGACUGUACGUGCCAAAGAUGCUGCCAUGAUGUCUACAAGGUUUAAGGAAAGUGAAGAGUGCACAUUAGUUCUCCAUAAGGUCUAACUUUGCCUGUAGUGUCUUUGAAACUUGAACACAGAAUGUGAAGGUUGAGUGAUAGAGCUAUUUUUCUGUUGUGCUGGGUGGCUUUUGGCUAUGAAUGUUUUGCUAUUUAAUCCCUGUUCAGGUGGGAUUGCCUCUGGAGACACAGAAUGGAAAAGCACUAAACACCAUCCAGGACAAGGAAUGUCAGUUGUGAGCCCAGGAAUGUUGAGCUGUGUCCCCAGAAGCCGCUCAUUUUUAGAAACCGGGGUUUCUAUCAAGCCCCAGGAAAAUGUUCUGGACAGUUCUUCCUUCUCACCCCAGGGCUCAAAUUUAAUUCUCUAAUGCAAAAAGCCUUACUCAAAGACCCAAGGUUUGGAUCUCCUACCAACAAACUCAUAACAUAGAAAACUUGAAUUAUCACAUACAUCUUACAGUUUGGACUUUUGAGAAAACAUGGAUACUACUGGAACUUUCCCAGCUGAGUUACUUGGUCACUUUUUUUUACUGCAAACCACACAUCAGUGCAGGUGUUUGUUGGUCCCUGCAUUGUGAGGGGUCAUUGAUGUGGACUUGGUUCUGAGCAGCAUGGACUUGGAGCCCCUGUGGAGGCACCACGCCCACUGCUCUGCGUGGGCUAGCAGGGAGGUGGCACUCAGGUCAAGGUGGACACCACUCAUGUGGGCGUUGACUUUUUGUUUUGCUGAAUGAUUUUAACUUUAGGGGAGACAAGUGUUCUUCCCCAACUGGAAUUGCUGCUGUGAUCUUAGAAGCAGAGCUGCAGCCAUCCCUGGGUGGCUGUGAUCCUGGCAGCUCUGUGGGUGUUUGGGUGGCAAGGAAACCUCAGCCAGUUCUGUCAGAGCCAGUGUCGAGCUCCCCCCACCCCAUCUGUUUCUCCCUCAGUUCCACUAAGAUGUGUGGUGUUUGCAGCCUUGUGUGGUGCUGGGCCACCUCCCUUCCAGGGCUGCUAAGGCCCUUCUUCCAUGAUGAGAGACUCCUGGCUGGCACCAAGAGGGUCUUGUUGGGGUCACCAAGUGUGCCCAGCUGCUAUGAAAACUGUCGGGGAUCUUGGCUUCAGUUUUUUAUUCUAUGGUAGGUUGUACAGAUUGAUUAUUUAUAUCAUCAUUUUGAGGGACUAAUGAAGGCUUAUUGUAACAUAAUAUUAUAUUAGUGAAACCAUGGAAUUGUAUGAAAAUGCCACAUGAAAAAUAAGGAGACUAUUUUGCUGAUUGUAAAUUUUUGUGGGAAAUUUUGUGAUAACUUGAGAAUUACACUUGUUUGAAUCAAGCCCGAUCUUCUAGAGUUUAUUCUUCUAUUGUCUUUACAAGUCUUUCUCUCAUAAUGCAGAGGUGCGGAAAGAUACUCAACUGACACCUCUCUCGUUCAUGUGUGUGUUGAGACCUGAGGGCUUUGGGGACUGUAGGGGUGUGCAGGAGUGCUGUUCUCAUGUGCAGGUGGCAGGUCCAGAGCACACAUCAGGAGUGGCUGUCAGCCUUGUUUGGACCCUGCUUUCCUGUGCCAGGAGGAGUGCUAGCUUGCACUCUACCGUGGCUCUGCCUGUCAGUGGUAUUCAUUUGACUGAAACUGUUUUCGCUGACUAGAACACAUUUUAAUGGUUGUCUGAAAUCAGUGUCACUCAAACUUAGGGGGUGGGGGGUUUGAUGCCAACCCUAUUUCUUCUAUGUGGGGAUUUGGACCACUGGUGGUAGAGAGGGGCAUGGAGUUUUUCUGCGAAGGAACAGUGAUGUCUUUGCUAUCUUGUGGCACUUUUAAAGCUGACUGCUGCAUUUUUUUCCCCCUUUGUGGAGGACCAAGAAGGCUAUGUUCCAGAUGUGGGGAUAAGGAAGGCUGAGAGUCCCCACUGGGGUGUCUGAAGAAUAUCUAAGAAAUGAGGGUUUUAGCAAAUUUGCUUCCAGUUACCCCCAAAUGGCAGGGGAAGGUCUGGCACUGCCUAUACCCUCCGAUUUGAGGUGAGGCAAGAGGGAGAAGUUGGCAGACACUUACUCCUGUACCCUUUCUUAAUGUUAUCCUAUAUGUGUCAUUUGUUAGGCAUUUUGUAUUUAAAUGGCUGUAUUUAUUUUUCAUGUCAUGACAGGUAUAUGUAAUGUGCCAUAACUGCAUAGACAACAUGAUUUAAAGGGAUGGUUUCUAAAUAGAAAAUAGCACAUGUUUAUAUUCAAUAAAAUCACACACUUCAGGUGCA